AUGGCGGCGGUGAACAUCGACAUGACGGAUCGUUGCGAGAGUGACGAACACAUUACCCACACCGUCGACCAGUUUCUCUCAAAGCGUCCCCGCCGAUCGUAUCCGAAGGCCUGCCAUCCAUGCCGCCGUCGCAAGGUCCGAUGUAAUAAUGCCCAACCUUGUUCCAACUGUAUAUCGCGAGACUAUCCUGAACUCUGCUACUAUGCGUUCACUGAGGCCGAGAGGGGAAGUCUGCGACAACGGCGACGACGUAAUGGAGCGGCGCUUUGGGAGACAAAUGGCAAGGACCAAGUUACUGCCAGGCGAUCUUCCAGGCUGCUUGAAUUCGAGCGAGAGCUGCAUAUUCUAGAAAGGACAGCGUUUACAGAAGCAGCGCCAUCUGUAAAGGCAAAGGACGGUCAUCGGUCAUUCUCCGACUCGGUCGCGAAGAGCUAUGAACGCGCUACGCAUCGCAAAGUUUCUUCGGCAGCCACCACGAUGAAACCUGAGACAGAGCAUCCCCCACACCAGCAGCUAGACGAACGAUGCGUCCGCACUCCUACCGUGAGUGAUACGCCUUACAUGGCAGACGCCGGAAACAUUCACCCCUUCGAAAAUCUGUGGCAACCUGGAUCCUCGGUCCGAGAGGUCGCCAUGGCACUUCCAAGUGACGAGAUCUUCACACGAUAUCUAGAAGCUUUUUAUGAGGUAUACCAAGUUGCGAUGCCGUGUGGGCCGAUGUUAGAACUCCGAGAGGAUGCCAGGCGCUUUUGGCGAGCACGAUCACUUGGAAACUACGUGGGGCCUGAGCUUCAAUCUACAUCGUGGCUUGCAUUGCUGUUCAGCUGCUUGGCCUUUGGGAGCUGCUUUGCGGAUCCGUCUUCGGAGGACACGCAGCUGAACGCGAAUAUAUUUGUGUGCUGCGCCUUUCAGCUUUUACGGCUGGACAACUACCUCCUAGCACCUAAGAUUGAACAUAUACUUGCACUCUCCACUCUUGGUGGAUGUCUUCGCGGCCAAGCCAACCCAGAUGCCUCCUGGUCACUUUUGGGCACGACCAUUCGCCUGGCACAGAGGCUUGGGCUCCAUCAGCAGGCUGCUCUUUCUGCGUCCUCCACGCCGUCAGAGAAAUAUGCAUGGCAUCUCUGGUACGUCAGACUGUCCAUAAUUUUAAUGAACCUCGUCGUACUCGCAAGUGCCCGUCCUCCGAGCUGA